GUUUUUCUCGAGAGGGUGAUUCGUGGAGUAGGAUCAAAUAUUCGCAUAGCAGUAGUUCCCAUCAAAGCCAAUCCUCCAAACUCUUAAAAAAGGCACAGGCUCAAAUCCUCGCCUUACAAAUCAACAAUUUUGAGUUCCGUUGUCGGAGAAGCCUUUGAUCCUGCAAUUUCUGAUGAGAAUACUGCUCCCUCCCUGAAAUACGAUGGCGUUGCAAGAAAAGCUAGACAGAUUCAAAAAGCAGCAAGAGAAGUGCCAGUCAACCCUAUCGAGCAUUGCAGCUAGCAAGGUCGCACCCCAAAAACCUAUGGCUCAUAUAGCUGCACAUGCCUCAGCUUCAGCCAACGGAAGAAAUCCAGUCCCUGCUGUCAAAUUUUCAAACGACACAGAGAGGCUUCAGCAUAUCAACAGCAUACGCAAAGCCCCUGUGGGUGCUCAGAUGAAGCGUGUUAUUGAUCUCCUGCUAGAGACACGACAAGCUUUUACACCUGAACAAAUAAAUGAAGCAUGCUAUGUUGACAUGAAGGCUAACAAAGAUGUAUUUGACAAUCUGAGGAAAAACCCAAAAGUAAACUAUGAUGGGCAACGAUUCUCUUACAAGUCAAAGUAUGGCCUUAAGGACAAAACUGAGCUUCUUCAUUUGACACGUAAGUUUCCUGAGGGCAUUGCUGUCAUUGACCUAAAGGAUGCUUACCCCACUGUCAUGGAAGACUUGCAGGCUUUGAAAGCUGCAGGGCAGAUUUGGCUGCUGUCCAACUUUGAUUCACAGGAAGACAUUGCCUACCCUAAUGACCCCAAAGUGCCCAUUAAGGUGGAUGAUGACCUAAAACAGCUUUUUCGGAGUAUUGAAUUGCCUCGUGAUAUGAUUGAUAUAGAGAAGGAUCUUCAAAAGAAUGGAAUGAAGCCUGCUACCAACACUGCAAAGAGGAGGAGUGCAGCGCAAAUUCAAGGCCUUUCUUCUAAGCCCAAGACUAAGAAGAAGAAGAAUGAAAUCAGCAAAAGGACUAAGCUGACCAAUGCCCAUCUUCCGGAGCUUUUUCAGCACUUGAACAAUUCCUGAUUAACUCGCCGAAAGUGUUGGAUUUCAUGACAGAGAUAAUUUGUUAGCCUAAACUUGAUCAGCAGAGUAAAAAAUACCCAGGAGUUUCUUAUUGCUCUGCCCUACUCUUGAUAUGUUUUCAAUUUUUAUACAUAAAGGCUGGAGCCAAUGCACUGUUGCGCUCUAAUAGCAACAUUCAUAAUAAAUUGUGAAUCCAUAUAUAUUAAAACCAUGUUUGAUAUUUUAGUUCC